AUGAAGAAUCAAGUUUCUCAACGUGCUGAUGAAAUUCGAUUAACAAAGCUGAUGAUGAUUGUUUUCUUUUCCUUUUUGAUCUGUUUCCUCCCUUUGAUGAUCGUUAACGUGUUCGACAGCAAAUUCAGGAUUCCGGUAAUUCACGUGUUAGCCUCCAUCUUGGCUUGGAUGAGUUCUUGCAUUAACCCCAUCAUUUAUGCCGUUCUAAAUCGCCAAUAUCGUCAAGCGUACAUUCGUUUAUUCUGCCCUCGUGAAAGAAGUACGUCUACAGUUUCGAGAUCGGGGAGUGGUUCAGCGUAUUCUAAGACUUUAGUAUCUGACGUCUUCAUUUAUCAUCCAGCAUCAAACAAAAUGGAGAAGAAGCAGGCAGAGGACAAGAUCUAA